CAGCCGUCAGGGUGAACAAAAAAAAUCCAAGUGGGAAAAACCUACGGAAUAAAUACCCAAAAUAAUUUUGGAGAGGCUCUGCUGGGAUUAAAACGUUGACUGCAAACAAUUGGGUCUGUGCUCCCGAUCUAAGCCAGAGAUGACCACCGAGAAGACCGCAUACGCUCCCAUCGAGGGGACUCCAUCUCCACCCUCGCUUCCCGGGCAGACCGCGUUUCCUGUCACAUUUGACAUGAAUAUACCAAGCCCAAACAUGUUUGGGGCCCCUCCUGCUACUGGGUUCCUUGCUCCUGGUGGCCAACCUGCUCCUACUGGGUUCCUUGCUCCUGGAUGUCAACCUGCUCCUGGUGGUUUCUUUGCUCCUGGUGGUUUCCCUGCUCCUGGUGGUCAAUCUGCUCCUGGUGGUUUCCUUGCUCCUGGUGGUCAACCUGCUCCUGGUGAUUUCUUUGCUCCUGGUGGUUUCCCAUCUCCUGGUGGUCCACCUGCUCCUGGUGAUUUCCUUGCUCCUGGUGGUGUUCCUGGUGAUUUCUUUGCUCCUGGUGGUUUCCCAUCUUCUGGUGGUCCACCUGCUCCUGGUGAUUUCCUUGCUCCUGGUGAUGUUCCUGGUGGUUUCCCUGCUCCUGGUGGUCUCCCUUUCCCUCCACCGACUGCUUUUGGACCAGGUGUUCCUGGAGCUUUCGGAAUGGGCAAGCCCUCUUCCUCGCCAUAUUCUCCACCAGGCCAGGGCUUCAAUGGGAACUUCAGUGAUGACGUUUACCACAGCGAGGAGGACCCACCACCCUUUCAUGAGAAUCAAGACUUUGAUUUCGGAUUGGAUAACAAGAGCAUAAGAAGAGCCUUUAUUCGAAAGGUAUUCUUGGUGUUGACUGCUCAGCUGACUGUGACAUUCGCCUUUGUGGCUGUUUUCACCUUUGUGGAUGAAGUCAAGAUGUUUGUCAUGGUGAACAUGUGGACCUACCUGGUGUCAUAUGGCAUAUUCUUCGUGUCAGUUUGUGUGAUCAGCUGCUGUGGGAGCGUUCGCCGAAGAUAUCCAUGGAAUCUUGUCGCAUUAUCAGUUCUGACUCUCAGCAUGUCCUACAUGGUGGGAAUGAUCGCCAGCUUCCAUGACACUGACUCAGUGAUCAUGGCAGUAGGUAUCACAGCAGUUGUGUGCUUCACAGUGGUCCUCUUCUCUCUACAGACCAAGUAUGACUUCACUUCCUGUUACGGUGUGCUUUUCGUCUGUUUAAUUGUCCUCAUCGUCUUCGGCAUCCUCUGCAUCUUCAUCCGUAACAGGAUUCUGCAAAUUGUGUAUGCUGGAGUGGGAGCGUUGCUCUUCACCUGUUUCUUGGCGGUGGACACACAGAUGCUGCUUGGCAACAAGGAACUGUCCCUGAGUCCAGAAGAAUAUGUCUUUGCGGCUCUAAACCUGUACACAGACAUCAUCAACAUCUUUCUCUACCUUCUUGCUAUUAUUGGAAGAGCAAGGGGGGGCUAAGCAGUAGAAAAAACAGGUAGAGAUCCUGAAAUAUAAUUGCUCAAGGUCAGGUCUAGAAUUGAGUCAUAAUUUUGGUUUGUUUUGUCUUUUAGUGUUCAUUUAUCACAGUUUGAUAAUAUUUGGCUUCACCCAUUGUAAAUGUUUAUUUUAUUUUAAAUAAUAUAUAUAUAUAUAUAUAUAUAUAUAUUAGGGCUGUCAAUCGAUUAAAAAAAAUUAACUAAUUAAUCGCAGAUUUUGAAAUUCAUUAAUCGCGAUUAAAAGUUUUUUUUCCUUCUUUUUAAAGACAAAACUUCACACAGAGCUGUGUUUUCAAAGAGGCUCCUACCUAUAAAGUGCCAGCGAGGUAUUUAAUAUUGUGGAUGAUAAAUUGUUUCUUCAGUGAAACAUCCAGAUUAGUAAAAAAAAAGAAGUAUAUUGAGACCCCAUUGGUCCUGUCAUCUUUAACAUUGAACACAGCAGAACCAGUGGCCUUGGUAAAUGACUGACAUUCACAUAUGUCACGUUAACCCUCUGGAGGCUGGGCUCAUGUCUCCAUUUUACAAAAAAAAUAAAUUCACCUUUUAAAGGCGUUUGCAUAUGACACAUACCCACGUGUUCUACAUCAAACAUUCCAGAACAAUCUCAGCUCUAUUCAAUGAGGCACAUUGUCCUCGCGCCGUGUUCUCUGCUCUCUGACUGGCAGGUUGCUAUAGAGCCUCACCUGUGAGGUGGGAGGUCCUUUGUGAUUUACUGAGUGUUCAUUGGUUGUUUUUUUCGCAAAAUGUUGACAGACAAACGGAUUGACAAAUCACGUUGAAGGUUUCGUGUGACGAGUUCUUUCCGCGCCGCGUCACCCGACACGUCGCCCCUCCGUUCCUCUGUGUAUCAGAGGGGGAGACGGGAGGAAGGAGGAGCAGGAGGAAACCCGACUGAUUCAUCUACGAGUUUUAACUGAUUUCUGCUCCUUAUUUUCGCGGAGAAAUAAUUGUUUUAAAAACUGAAACAGUGUUAAACCGCACUGCCGUGGCUUGACACUCAGGGGAGUGUAAAAACUUCAACGAACACCGGAAGUAAACAAAGUUGCGUUAAUUGCGUUAAAAUAUUUUAGUGCGUUAACGCGGCCAAAUUAAUCGCAUAGAUUAACGCGUUAACGCUGACAGCCCUAAUAUAUAUAUAUAUAUAUCUAGAGUGUCUACGUUGUACUUUGGGGGGGUAUUACGGUUUUAUCAGCUAUUUGACGUGUUGUACAAAACUUUAUUUCAAUUUAGAAACUUAUUUCAUACAAAGUCAUUAAACAGUAUAACGUUUUAACACUAAAUGUUCCCAGAGUGUUCAACUGUCACAUAUUCUUCAUUAUCAAGGAACAUGAACAUUGACAUGUCAUCCAUUGCACUUUCAGGACAAUCCGACCAGGUUGGCAAAUUUAGCCCAGUACGAACUUUAUGUAGUUAAUACAAUUCCGGAGAAGGUUAAUAAAUUGAACUUGAGUUGGGAUUAUUUUGUGAAACCACUAUUUCCAAGGUCAAGAUUGAACUUUCUUGUUUAACCUAGAGGCCAGCAAAAAAAACUAACAUCCAUCACCAUGGCAAUUGAGGAAACAUAAUUUGUUGAAGACUGUGCUAUGCUUGAAAGCCCCAGAUGAAGCUGUAAGUAGACCUUGUGGUCCAACAUGAAACGAUCUUUAAUGCUAUGUAUAAAGCUAUUUUCUAAACCUGA